CACUUCGUACGAAAUAUUUCAGCAAGUCAGACCUACGAUAAGGGCUCCUCGCUCACUUCAAUAAUUUACACUGAUCUGAAAAAAAAAAUCGGAAACGGAAAAAAGGACGAUGGAUUCAAGUAUUAAGAUGUACCUCUUCGGUCUCGUGGCGCUAGGUUCGCUUUCGGUGGCCACAGCAGUGGUGGACUGUUACAGUUGUUCGUAUACGUAUUAUGACGACAAUAACGUGGUCGAUUCACAGAACUGCGUAAAUCCAUCAACUACGACCACUCCCCCGACCAACACCAGAACUUGCUCAGAUACACAAAGAUGCUCUGUACGAAGUAGUUUUACUACGCAUUCGGGAGCACCGCGUGGGGAUUAUAUCACGUACACGCGUGGAUGUGAGGACAUAUCAUCAGUCUGCGACACAACAGGAGAGGACUGCCGCAAUAACCCGACAAGUUGCACCAACUGCUGCACCGGUGACAGAUGCAACACAGCCAAUCUACGCUCGCACCUCAGCGCAAACUCCUUGAGCAACACCUGCUACAAAUGCGAGCAUACCGAUUACCCAGGAAAAGUGGGGAUCGAUGCCGGCUGCCAACAAGAUGCCUUUCAAGCCACCAGCCAGCAAGUUACCAAAGUUGAAUGUCAAGGACUGUGCUUUAGCGCCGUAGCCCUAUUUGAACCGAGUGUUGCAAAGAGGAUUGUCCGAGGCUGCUUACCCGAUGGAGCUGACUGCAACAAGAGGGACACCGAUAACGGCAACAUCUUGAAUGCUGAUGAUGGCCAUCGGUACGAGGUAGCUUGCUGCAAGGGUAGCGAUUGUAACGCUGCUACUGCCCUCUCUGUCGGAAUGGCGACAGUCUUUCUGUCGUUCAUGUUGGCUCUGAUUGCUAUCCGCAUGUAAUUUGGUCGCGUGAAAUCAACUUCUGGUCUAAAGUUGUGGUUUAACUACUCAGCAAAAACUGUAGUGUUAACCGGUGUACAUAUAUAAAGGACCACACCCGUUAUUCUACUCCGGUGUUAGUUUAACACCUAGCUAUAGGUGUUAUUACAACACCUUUGGUUUUUACAUUUACACUCUUUGCCUUUGGUGUUAUUAUGUUCAAUAUCUAGGGUGUAAUUUUAACACCUCAGGGUGUGGUCCUCUGUUCACAUUAACUGGUGUCAGUUUUAACACCACAGUUUUUAAAGUGUAUGGAUAACCAAAUAUUACACAAUCUUUAGCUUAUUUUGCACUCAAAUCAAUGAUAACUGUGUGAGAAUAAUGAUUACUAAAACAAUUUUCUUUACUAAUAAGGCGUGGGGGAAGAAUGCAAAAAAAAAACAUAAUUAAGAAGGAUCGAAUGUAAACAAAAUAUUGACACUUUGGCUUUUCAGAAUUUUAACACUGACUUAGACUAUUGGUGAUAAACUGAUAACUGAUAAACUAAGUGUUUCAUCAACAUUUUCGUCCGACAAGUUAUCUGAUGUGACAAAUUUCCUUGAUUUUGAUUGGCUGAGAGGCACAUUUCACUUCACAAAAUAUGAGAAGAGUGUGAAAUAAUAAAGAAUAAUACACUAUAUUUCAGGGCUGAGUUUAAAGCCUUUGAAAUCUGUUUCGAGAAUACAUAAUUGCUUGAAAAUCAUUUCAUUAUGAGAUUUAUUCAAAGUGAAAAUUCAAUUUAGGGCAUUUGCUAAAUAUUAAAUACGUACAUUUUCGUGAAAAGCUUGCUUUAACUAAAAAGGACCAAGCCAAGUCAAGGUAUCGCAUGCAGUUAUUAAUUUUUUUUUCGUUUUUGUUAUUGUUAUUCUUAUUUUCAUAUUCAUUGUCAUUAUAUUAAUGUAAUCAUUAUCAUUAUUUAUCAUUAUUAUUUACCACUAUUAUCAUUAUUAUUAUUUAUUUAUUUAGUAUUGUUAUUGUUAUUACUACUACCACUACAACUAUACUGUUAAUAUUAUCGGUUUUUGAUGAUUUCAUCUUUAUCAUCGUAAUUAUUAUAAGUAUUAUUAUCAUUAGUAGUUAGUUGUAGUAUAGUAGCAGCAGUAUAAUAGUGGUAGUUAUAUAUACGAAGUAGAAAGAAUUUUGAGUGGAAUUGUAUACGAUUAUUGUUAGUACUGGUAAAUGCUGUAUUUAAUUAGUAUUUGCUGUUAUAAAUUGUAUUUGUAUAUACUUAAGCUCGCUUUUAAUAUAUUUCACUCUCUGGCCUUUGAUUUUAAUUCAUGUUUUGGUGUAGGCUAAACUAGAUUUGUCAUCAUGUUUCAUUUUUUAUGUCAUUGUUACUUCAGCUAUCACUAAGUUUUAUUUGAUCUUGAUAUGAAUCAGGGAAAUUUGUUGUUUGCAGGGAAUUUGUUUUUGUUUUCAGGAAAAUGACAUCACGAAAGAGCUUUCAUCGUUCAAUUCUAUAAAGAAUGUGUGUAACAUCGUGCUCUAUAUAGUAGCACGCAUCAUGAAAUAUUAAUCAUGAGCUAGCUUGCAUCUGAAUAAAAACAUUGUUUAAAAAAGUCAUUAGAAAGUACAUUAUCGGUAUUCAUGAAUAGCUAUUUAUCUGUUAGCUACAUGUAGAAUAACCCUCGCAAUACUGAAUAUAUCUGUGUAUAUAAAGUAAAUUCCUUCAGCAAUAUAUCUACAGUACAGUUGUUUCGACACAUUCCUAUUCAUAAUUGUAAAUAAGAUUGCUUAUUGAAGACUUUUAGGUGAGUAUGUUCGAGUGAUGUUAGAGUGACUUUAAUGACUGGUGAUCCUUUCUUGUAGUUAAUGAUAUCAACCAUUAAAUGCUCAUUGGUAAUUAUUUAACGCGUCAGAAAUGAUGACCAGUCGUUCAUAAAGUCGCUCUGAACUUACGAACAGCUUUAUGAAACCAGCCCAUCUGGUUGAUUUUACCAUGCACCUAUAUAGUUUUAUCGAGGACCAUUCAUUACACAUGCAGUUAAUACGCUAUUUAAACGAUAUGUUUGCCCCCCAAAAUAUUUUAAUUGGUGGGGCGAUCGCCCCCCUGCCCCCAGGAUCGACGUCUCUGCCUCCACUGAAAACCAACUUCAACAAGGAAAGAAGAACCCAUGUAAACACAAACAUGCGUGUUGCCAGUAAAGGAGAUUUUGUCCCAUUAUGACUAGCAAAAUACUUUGGUAAAUUGAACCUUCACUAUUUUGCUAUGCAUGAGGUAAAUAUGAAAUAUACUUACUGUCUUUUGAUUUACGUCAGGACCAUUUGAUUUCGCUGGUUA